AUGGGCGGAGAUGAUGAGGACAACUCCAACAAUAAGGACCCGACACGAAUUCCAGACGAUGAUAAGCCGAUGAUAGACUACGAGCUUCCCGCCCCGCCGCCCGCGGCCGUAUUAGCGGGGCCGUCGACGGACAUGUCUUUGUCGGAAACCGAAUCCGAAAGAGAGUUUCCGAUGAGACAGAUUAGUCAAAAUCUCGGCCGGGGACGGCGAAGGUCCCGGAAGACAAGACCCGUCCGGCAACAGCAGCACAAGCAUGCCGGGUCCGAGAGCCGAGGGUUUGCGGUACACUUGGGGUUGAAUCUUGAUAUUGAGGUUACCCUCAAGGCGAGGAUAUUCGGAGACUUGGAAAUUAGCGCUUUCGAUUACGAGCUGAGGGUAUACACAAAAUUCGCCGAGACUGGCGUCGCUGAACUGGAUGAGCUUCUGUCAGACAGCAAGCAAUGCUGCAACACAGCCGGUCCGAUGCUGUGGGUUCUCGUACUCUCAGAACACACCAGCACGGAACGCGAUGGCCAAGUCCAAGGCAGCUCAGCUGUCUAUUGUAUCUUCGAGAAAGAAGAGGACAAGGAUCAUCGGAGGUGA